AUGGGCAAGGGUGAUCCUAAGAAGCUGAGAGGCAAAAUGUCAUCAUAUGCAUUUUUUGUGCAAACUUGCCGAGAGGAGCACAAGAAGAAGCACCCAGAUGCUUCAGUCAACUUCUCAGAGUUUUCUAAGAAGUGCUCAGAGAGGUGUAAGACCAUGUCUGCUAAAGAAAAAGGGAAGUUUGAAGACAUGGCAAAGGCGGAUAAGGCCUGUUAUGAAAGAGAAAUGAAAACUUAUAUGCCCCCUAAAGGGGAAACAAAAAAGAAGUUCAAGGAUCCCAAUGCACCCAAGAGGCCUCCUUCGGCCUUUUUCUUGUUUUGUUCUCAGUAUCGCCCAAAAAUCAAAGGAGGACAUCCUGGUCUAUCCACUGGUGAUGUUGCAAAGAAGCUGGGCGAGAUGUGGAGUAACACUGCUGCAGAUGACAAGCAGCCUCAUGAAAAGAGGCUGCUAAAUGAAGGAAAAUACGAAAAGGAUAUUGCUGCAUUCCGAGCUAAAGGAAAGCCUGCUGCGGCCAAAACAGGGGUUGUCAAGGCGGAAAAGAGCGAGAAAAAGAAGGAAGACGAGGAGGAAGAGGAAGAGGAUGAGGAGGAAGAGGAAGAGGAUGAAGAUGAAGAAGAGGAUGAUGAUGAUGAAUAA